AUGGCUUCCACGGACCGUGAAGCAUUGAUUGCCCUGUUUCGUUUGACCUGCGGGUAUGGAUGGAGCCGAAGAGGCAACUGGGGCACAGAUGCCGAGCUAGCGACAUGGGAUGGAGUCCAAGUUAACGGCCAGGGCCGAGUGGUCAAGCUUGGCCUGGCGGCGAACAACCUCCAAGGCCCCAUUCCGCCGGCGCUGGGAAAGCUCGCAGCGCUUCAAGAUCUAUACCUCAACGGGAACCAGCUAAGCGGUCCCAUUCCGCCGGCGCUGGGAAAGCUCGCAGCGCUUCAACAUCUGUCCCUCUACGGAAACCAGCUAAGCGGUGCGAUCCCGCCGGAGCUGGGAGGGCUUGGUAAGCUGGAGAUACUUUGGCUCCAAAACAACCAACUCGCAGGGCCCAUUCCCCCGGAGCUGGGAGAGCUCGCAGCACUGACGUCUCUCUACCUUUCGAAUAACCAGCUGACCGGGCCCAUCCCAUUGGAGCUGGGGCACCUUUCAGCACUGAAGGAGCUCGCCCUUUCCGGCAACCAGCUAAGUGGCCAUAUCCCGCCGCAGCUAGGAAAUCUUGGCGCCCUGCAAGACCUCUACCUCAGCCGCAACAAGUUAGAUGGUCCCAUUCCGCCGGCGCUGGGAAAGCUCGCAGCGCUUCAAGAUCUGCACCUCUACGGGAACCAGCUAAGCGGCCCCAUCCCGCCCGAGCUAGGAAACCUCUCAGCGCUACAGCACCUCUGCCUUCAGGGCAACCACCUCAGCGCUCUCUGGGACCACACACAAAACGUUCAAGACGUCGACCACAAAGAGCGAGGUCACAGCAUGCCAGGUGGACCAAUGCCAAGCCAGCUAUGCCGGUUGCUUGACAUUUUCGAUAGUGUUGAAGCGCAGGGACUGAACGACACGGGUAUCGGUCCCAGUCUCAGCCUGAGUGAGAACCCAUGGGCUGAGCCACCAGAGUCGAUCGUGGCCAAAGGUCCGAAGAGUAUCAGAGGAUAUUUCGAAGACCUGUAUGCUGAGCACUGCAGGAUCAAGCGCCGCGGCGUCAAGGUUGUUCUUGUCGGGCAGGAAGGAGCAGGGAAAACGAGCUUGCGCCAAAGCAUGAAGGCCAAUAAAGCAACUCUCACGGGCGAGUGGAAGGAAAAUAGCACAGUGCUUGCAGACGUAGAGUCCAUGGAGCUAGAAGGCUCAUCUGUACGGGUGUACGACUGCGCUGGACAGGUUGCCUACACGGGGCUGCUGCAGAUGUUCUUGACACCACGGUCGGUGUGCGUGCUUGUGUGCAACGCGGGGGAGUUCGGAGAGCAGCUAGGAAGCGACAACAUUGACCAGGUUGAAGAAGACUGCCGCAAGCUGGAAGCAUUGCGCGUAUGCAAUUGGCUUCGAUCGAUAUCUCGACGCGUUCCCGACACCGAAGUCAUUCUCGUCGCCACUAAGUGCGACCUGGCCGGUGGGAACGCUUGGGAAAUUGGCAGAAGAAUGGAGAAGGCCUGUCGAAGGUGGCUUUCGAGCUGGGCCUGCCGUAAUAUGCUGUCCGUUAGGUUGGAGCCCGGUGUUUGCCUCACGAGCUGCUUCCCAGUAGGGGCUGGUGAGCAUGGCGAGAGUAGCAGUGAGAACUUCCUGUCGAAGAGUUGUUGGGCGUGCGACUGGCGAGAUGUGGGAGGCGGUGAACCCUCGCCCAGUUUGAUUUACCGGCUCGUCAACAAGCCUGACAAAGGUGGGCUCCGAGGCGUCCAGAUGGUUCUUCCUCGCAGCUGGGAUAUCGCCCUCACUUUCCUGGAUUCUCUCGAGCAUGGACGAGAUCCGGUGGAGAUGGUAAUACUCAAGUCCCCUGACAGUGACAGAGGUGCAACGGAAACAGCAAAGACAACCGUGUAUCAGGGGAUCACGGUUGAGGAACUCAGCGCCAAGUGGCAGGAAACAGUUGAUGGGCUUGGGAGAAGAGGGAUCACGGUCACAAACGCCGAGAAUGCUUUGGAAGGAGCUCUCUCGAUCAGGGAGUUCGACGGAUCCCUCGUUCCCCACGAGAAGUUUGUCUUUCUGGACGUCGUUUGGCUGGCGAGAAUCCUCAAGCCCUUACUCAACCACAAGGACCAAGAGAUGUUUGACGGCCGUGUGAAUCUUGGGGACACGGGCGACACACGUAUCACACUCGACGAUUCAGCAGACAUCGCUUCGUGGGACAGGCUCAAGAAGGAGGGCGUGCUUGAACCGAGGUUGGCGUAUGCCAUUUGGCCGAAUGGUCUGUCCGAGUAUGUGCUGCCGACUCUUGCAUCCUUGGGUCUCAUUUUCCCACUCGAAAACGAUCCUGCUGAGGGCCUGGUAGUUCUGUUGAGGCUAAAGCCACACCGCCCCGAGAGUGUGGGCAAAGUGAUCGAUACCUUCUGCUCGGGGCUCACCCCGGCAUUCCGCGCCAGUUGGAAGAUUUUCCUCGGUGUACCGCCUGGCGCGAUCGAAAAGGUGUUGACACGGUGCUGCGGUCUUGGUGGUGUGCAGACAUUCUGGCGAUACGGGGUGCUUGUGCAUGGCGGCCUCGGCGUCCAAGAUGAGCGCAGGACAUUCGCUGUGGUCGUGGAAUACUCGUCCACCGACAACGAGCUUAUUGCUCAAAUUUUCGGCGAUGUCAGCACCCCAGGCCCGUGGGGGGCGACGUCAUACGUCAUGUCUGCGGUGAGCUUGAUGCUGGUGGAUUUUCCAGGACUGGGCUGGAAGGGCUAUCUGGAAUGCCCUCAGCAUGGUGACGGGAUGCUCUUUGUGAACAAGGCGACUAGAGAUGGAGACAAAUUUCUGGAAGGCAGUAGAUGCCCACAAUGCAGUGCCGAUACCGGAGGGCUCGGGGCCGCGGCUAUCGAUCUCUUGCGUUUCGUCGACAUCCGCCUGGACCGAGACGUGAUUUUCAACGAGGUGAAGGCGAGGUUCAACGACCUUGAGAGUCAGUACUCCUUCACUUGCCCGACGCACGAUCGCUCCAAGGAGGAGAGCGAGUUGAUUCGAAAGAUCGAUGGCAUGGCCACAGCUGUGCAGGGGGCGUUCAAUGAGGUAAAGGUUGAGGUGGAGGGAGGACUCAACGAAGUGAAGGUUGAGAUGACAGCGGGAUUCGCCGAGGUAGAAGGAGGACUCACCAGCGUGAAGGGCGAGAUGAAGGAAGGAUUCAACGAGAUGAAGGUUGAGAUGGAGGGAGGGUUCGAUGACACCAAGACCGAGUUGCGUGACGUGAAGGACGAGGUGAAGGACAGGUUAGGCAUGAUAUCGGGAAGGCUAGACAAGGUGCUAGAGAGCACCCAGGAGAGCCUCAUGCGCCUCAGGGACUUGCAGGCCCCGAACUACCGUUACCCGCGACUUGUGGUCGUCAAGGAGGUUGGAUCUGAUGGCACCGCGUCGAAGGCUCGUGGGAGGAAGAGUAUGCUUAGCAAACUUUGUGGCGUGGGCAAGAAGGACAUGACCCUGCAGUUCUUGUGCCCGGUCGACAUGACCCAGGUGCCGUGCGGCUAUGGUGGCGAAGGCUAUCGAUUUAAGGAGACGCGAAGCUGGGUGAAGAAAAUAUCUCCUGUGCUUCAGGUGGCCGUGGUGACCGCGAAGGUGGCGCUGAACGCAACGACAGGGCUGCACGUGGAUAUCUCAGAUUUCCUCAAGGACGUGAAAGAUGGGUUGGUCGAGGAGCUAGUCGACCGCACCCUCGACGACGAGGCUCUCCUUCGUGCUGUUUUGGGUGACGACAACAUCGGCGCAGAUUUGCAAAGGGAUACGAGGGCCUCGUAUGAAGCGCUGAAGAAGUUCAUGGACAAGGAACAAAUUGAGAGGGUCAAGAACACUCGGGAUGGUGAUGGCUACAUCGACUUCAGGGACGAGAUGAAGCGUGUUCCGGACGGGAGGGGCGGUAUGGUGUGGGUUAGGAACGAAAACGUUCAAAAGUGGUUGGACUCGCGUUCGAUUGCUGCUCCAACUCGCUAGACAUCGGUCUUGUUAGAUGAUGCAGCGCAUGCACAUGAAACCACCCGUGCGGACGUUUUUGUACCCACAGGGUUCAGACCACCGUUGGAUAUCACCUGGAGAGAAUAUUUCGACUUGGGAGAAAGAGCAUCUCGUUGUUCCGUGUUUUGUCCGUGCCUGUCCGUCAAGUUCACCCGAAACACCGGAACUUGGUAGAGGGGGUGGUUGUCCUGUGUCCCUAGAGUCCCACGUAGGCAUUCCGGUAGCUUAUGUGGUAGGGCGGGAGCUCAUCACACAUAAAGAGAUGUUCUUGCAGGCUAUAAUGGGCACCAUACGAUGGAUUUCCAACACAUUUUUCUUGCACAGGUGGUAAUGGUAAGAGCAGGAACGCUACCCAUAGGGUUUCCGAAUACGGUGGCGAUCUGUAGGACCAAGAGGGACCACCGGCCUGCUCCACCAGGCAUUCUGUCCAUGAAGAGGGACCAUCGUGCUCAAUAGUGGGAGGCCUUAAAUGUGCCAUUUCCUACAUGCUAACCAGUACGUCGCUGC